AUGCUCAAGCUUGUGCUGAUCGUCGUCGUGGCCGCCUGCUGCGUGAGCGCCGCCCCCAAGGCAGGCCUGGCCCCCUUGGCCUACUCCGCCCCCCUGGUGGCGGCCGCUCCCGUGGCCUACGCCGCCCCCGCGCCGGCUGUCGUGACGGCGCACAGCUCGCAGUACAUCGCGCAGAACUUCAACGGACUCGCCGUGGCCGCCGCCGCCCCCGUCCUUGUUCUGUUGCUGGCUUUGGCCGCCUGCUGUGUGAGCGCCGCCCCCAAGGCCGGCCUGGCCCCCCUGGCCUACUCCACCCCCCUGGUGGCGGCCGCCCCCGCGGCCUACGCCGCCCCCGCGCCGGCCAUCGUGACGGCGCACAGCUCGCAGUACAUCGCGCAGAACUUUAACGGACUCGCCGUGGCCGCCGCCGCCCCUGUCAAAGCAAUGCAUAGCGAGAGCAGAUUGCAGGAGGCUGAACUUAUCCACAGCAGCGCGCGUACGGAAUUGUGUGCUAAGCGGAACGCAGUUGCAGCAGCACCAGGUAGCGACAUGCACAGAGCAGUCAAGCGCAGUGCGCAUGCGCAUCUGGGGGUAACUAGAAAAGAGGAAUGA